ACCCGGAAGUCGUCAACGACGCCUCGAGAUGUUCAACGACGCUCAUACAAGCGGAGCGUCCUCUCGGGUGAAUUUGUUUGGGUCAAUAUGUUAAUAUUUGUCUAGUCGGGUGAAUCUGUCAAUAUUUGUCUAGUCGUUAAUUUUUUUUUUUUGUGAUAGAAAGCAGCCCAGCCGGUUUGGGUCGCUUCGGCCAGUCGUAGUAAGCUAGCUAAUCAUUAGCAUCGGACUUGCUAGCAAGUCGCGAACCCGAAACGUUCGAAGAUGUCACCCGGGAAAACCGGCACCGAAGACACGUUCGCGUAUUUCGCGUUCGGCAGCAACAUGUUGAGGGAGAGACUGCAACUGGAAAACCCUUCGGCGACCUACCUGGACACCGCUCGACUCAAGGACUAUCUGCUGGAUUUUGGCGUGUGCGGCGAAAACGCAGAGAACAACUGGCACGGCGGCGUGGCCACCAUCCGAGAAAGUCCCGGCUCGGAGGUGUGGGGGGUCGUCUGGACCGUGAGCCGAGACCACCUGGAGACCCUGGACAGUCAGGAAGGCGUCCACGUCGGCGUUUAUUCCCCGCUGGAGGUGCGAGUGGAGACCAGCAGCCACGGAGAAAUCCUGUGCAGGACGUACCAGAUGAGCAACUUCCACCCCCGCCUGACCUCGCCGCAGUACAAACACGUCGUGUGCCGAGGCGCCGAGCAGAACGGACUUCCCGAGGAUUACGUCGGCGGGCUGCGCGGGGUCAAAACCAACAACUACUCGGGACCGUCCGUGCUGGACAGCAUCAAAACUGACGCCGGUCGGUCCUGAUACGCGCAACCUCAUUUUCGGUAUCAGUUUAACGGAAGCGAUAGAAGGUUCCCCAGUCUUCUGACGUAGCGGGUACGACUUUGAAAAUAUUUCAUUCCAUCACAGGAAAACUUGAUUUCAUAUUUUACUCUGAAAACAGAUUCCGUUGGAAAAUUAAGUCUUAAAACUACAGCUCAAUUUAAUAAAAUACACGAGUCAUGUA